CAUAUUAGUAACAGUUGCACGUCUUUGAAUAUCGCAAUUGUAUAAUUAUCUCCUGAACUAGCUUCCUAUGUAUACUGUGCAACAUGCAUAUAUAGCUACGUAAUACUUAUUGUAAAUCAUGCAAUUUUCUUUUUAAGAUAAUGAAGAAAAUUUGCAGUUGCUCUGUUGUCAAUAUGCCGAAAAGCGGGAAGCUGAAUUGAAUAACGUUGAUGGAAGGAAGCGAAAACGUAAAAAAAGUGCAAAAUUAAGAGAGCAACAUGAUGAUUUUGGAACAGAAGAAGAUCGUGAGGAAGUUAUGCCUGUUAUAGAAAAGAAGAGUAAAACAAAAAAAAACAUGCAUCGGAUAGAAGCAUGAUCAUGGCCAAAGGUAAGGGAAAGAAGGAAGCCACUGAUAAAGUUAUCCAGUUUGAAAGCGCAAAAAUCAUGGCACAACAAGUUAUCGCCGCAAUGCAGUCAACUGAAUCAUCGGAAAAGUCGCCAGCUGAAGAAAACAAUGUUAUUUUGGUCCAUGAGGAACAGCAGUUGUCCAUUUCAACCGACCCCAAUUACGACAAAGACUUAACCAGCAGCAACCUGUCACCGUUGCCACCACCAAAACCAACAACUCGUGAAAACGAAUCACUUUCCCAAACCUCACACAGGAAUAGUUUCAGUACUCCUUUCAGCUCUUCCGAUCUAAUGGCUAAUUCCCCUACAUACAUAACUCUUACGACCCCAAAACCACGCCAACGGAACCUUAUUCCAGAUCAUGACCCAACACUGUCACCUACUAAAACUACUACGUCUACGCCAGUUAACCGCGUUGCUUCGGCAAGACAACUUCAUUUUCAACCUGACAUAUCAACUGGUUCUACACAAGAACUUUCUUCCGAGAUAAAUAACGCUAUCUGCCUUUCUUACAACUGUACCCAGUGGCAAGCUGAACAUGGUGACGCUGAUUCUGUUCGGCCAAAAUGUGAAUGCGAAGAGCUUAGAGAAGAGAAUUCAAGGCUGAAAGCAACAAUUGAAAAGCUACAACUUGAACAAGAAAGGUCUACAAGUAAGUUUAUAUUCAUGUCACUCAUGCAAUCACAGACUCAUGCAUGUUCUUCCUUUUUUCAAACCUCGUCUUGAAACAAAUAAAUCAUAAAAAUCAGCAAGUGAUUUCCAAAAUCAUUGCAAAAUCAGCGAGCGAUUUCCGGGGCAGGACACGUUUUAGAUGUAACUACUAGUCUCUGAAGAUGUUGUAGCUCAGUAGAUGCCACGAAAUGUCAGUACACAUGAAAAUGAGAUAACUUUUAUAAAAUACCGCGUUGUUUCAAUUUUAUGCUCGGUGUUUUUAGCAAGAAUACAUAAUAUAUACUUUCUGUUACUUCGAUUUAGAUCCUUCACGACCCAUGGCCAUAUACAUGGCCCAUGCAUAUGUUUUUCGGAUUGAGGACUCUCAUGCAAUUAUCGCUCUUUCAUUUGCUAUUUUUUAGUGCCCGAAGCUCCUGCUGCUGCUGUUAUGUGCCUCGAAUCCUUAACAAAAUACCUUCGUGGCAUUCAUACACAUGCAAAUGACGAAAUUGUACUAGUACAAUCUCCCCAAAACCACGCAUCUGAAUCUCACAUCGCUCAUUUGAACACGAUGCCAAAGUUGAAGCCAAUGAAGGUAGGCAAAUUACAUCAUCAGCUUAUAUACUUCAACCUUAAUUUAAUGGCUAGUGGCGCAAUGAUCAAUAAUAUCUCGCAGUAUAGUUAACCAAGCUUAGCCAACUUCAGCCAGUUAUAGCUAUAUAACUUCAGUUCAUUAUAUGUCUAGCAAUUUGGACAAAGCUAAUGCCAGUAGUAUGCCGGCACAAUGUCAUUAUGUUAAAUUUUAUUUCUCAACGUUUCUUGUUUUCUGUCUCCUGCAGAUGCCUCAAGUCAGUGCCGUUGCAAGACCGUCAAACAUUACAACAGUGAAAACAGUAACUUUGUCUUCAUCGCACUUCGAGGAUGGUGAUGGAAAGCAAGAAUUGUGCCCGGGAUCUGGAGUGUAUAUCCCUACAAUAAAGCUUCGCCAGUGCCAUCACAAAGCUGGUGCAGAAAUGAAAGUGCUCUUCCACGUAUUAAUGGAUCAUUUCUUUACCGACGAAAUCCUGGCAAAAUCAAUUGCUUUUGGAAACCGUGUGGUGCCAAGUGGAAAAGAAGUACUGAAUCCGAAAAUCGUGUCGGCUAUUAAAGGUAUAACGAUUAAUAUUUACAUGUUGUCUCAAAGUUCAAAAUGUUAAAGUAAAUUAAAUACGGACUAUUCUUGUUUCAGGGUACUUGCUCUCCGCAGCUAAAGUAUUCAAUGUUACACCCCUUGACGGUGCCAAAUUGAACAAGAUGUUCACCAACAAGUGCACUACUGCUCAAAUAAAAGCGAAGAAGAAACUGAUGAUGGCCAAGUAAAAUAACCGUAGGUCAAUCUACGGGGAAGGUUAGACAUUUCAGUUGCCAAUGACAAUCACGAAGUUU